AUGCAGAUGAGCGUUGGGCUCGACCGCAAUGCAAGUCAAGGAGGAAAAUCUGGAGAAUGGGAUUGUGCUUCAAAUAUGGAAUUAAUUUGCUUUUCUUGUAAGUCAGCCGAGAAAUAUCUGCGAUUUUCAACCCAAAAAAAAAGUUGGAAUAGGCUCAAAGACAUAAUUGACGCUGUACAUUUUAAUUCUUGCGGUAUUCUGCUUCAAGUCGUCACCACGACAAAUCGCCCUCAUCAGUGCAUCUUCUCCGCGAUCGCAGUCAAAAAGAGGUUUUGUUUUGCGAUGCCACCAGAUGCUCGCAAAGGGUAG